AGUCAUUAAAUGGGAGAAGCUUGUUCUAAGUGUUAUGGAAAGGAAGAAGAGACCGAAAUAAAUAUGGAAAAAAGUGGCAAAGUAGAUUUUAAUAAAAGGAAUGAGUUAGUGAACCUGAUUAAAAUCCAGACAGCAAUUCGUAGUUAUUUAGCAACAAAAGAAAUAAAAGUUAAAGAAAAUGUAGAACCUAGCUUCCGCUUUGGUAAUCAACAAAUGAACCAUCCAGUCGAGCAAGGAGAAGAUGCAAAUUAUGAUAAUGAGCAAGUAAAAGAAUUGGAAUCUAGGCUCGGCAAGUUUGAUUAUGAACAGUCCGAUGUUGACACCUCUGCUGUCGAAUUCAGAGGCAUGAAAACUCUCGAAAACGGUGCCAGGUACCAAGGAGACUGGAUCAAAGGCACCGAAACCAGACAAGGAAAGGGCAUCCAAAUCUGGUCAGAUGGCUCCAAAUAUGAAGGCUGGUGGAAAGACAACAAAGCCAACGGCAAAGGCCGUCUCAUCCAUGCUGACGGAGACGUCUUCGAAGGCCAGUGGAAAGACGACAAGGCUCACGGCUACGGAGUCUACAGCCACCUGGAUGGCGCCAAGUACGAAGGGCAGUGGCAGGAAGACAGACAGCAUGGCAAAGGCGUCGAGACCUGGCCUGACGACGCAUGCUACGAUGGAGAGUACGUAAUGGGCAAGAAGCAUGGCCACGGAAAGUUCAGGUGGGCAGACCAGAGCACUUACACAGGUGCUUUCAAAGAAAACAACAUUGAUGGAAAGGGAAUCUACGAGUGGUCGGAUGGAAGACGAUAUGAAGGGGACUGGAAGAAUAAUAAAAUGCAUGGUAACGGUCACUUCGACUGGCCGGACGGAAGGCAAUACGAAGGUGAAUACAUCGACGACAAAAAGGAAGGCCAAGGCCUCUUCAUCUGGCCUGACGGUAGGCAGUACAGAGGUGGAUGGAAAAACGGAAAGCAGCAUGGAAUCGGAAUCUACAUUACAUCCAAGGGCAAAGAGAAGAAGGGCGAGUGGAAUGAAGGCAAGAGAGUCAGAUGGAUCGUUGAGAGGGAGACUGCAAACUAA